GUUGAUUCUGUCAAGCGAAAAUAUAUAUUUUUUCUAAAAUCUUGGUACAUUAUUUUUAUUAAGUAGUUGGAACACAUCACAAAAAUGAACCUUUAAUUGAUGUCAUAAUGAUGUUUGUCACAAUGUGAAAAUAAUCAUGUUGACCGCUGUUUUGUGUUACUUGGCAACGACCAAACAUCGGAACUGAUUACUAUUCGGCAACAACUAUUCGGCAACAUUUUAGUCCUGCAAGGAAUGCGUUGAGUUCUUUCAACAUAGCUUUGCAACAUCCAUGGUGUAGCAGAAGAUGGCACAAGGCUAUGCAACACUUAUCAAGGAAGCCACUCUGCUCCUGGACAAGUUCAAUGCAGAGAAACAGUGUGUGGAGGAAUUUACAGAGGAUGCUUCAAAGGCCAUCGAGAACCUGGAUGCCUUGGAUAAGAAGUUUAUACUGGAUAUCAUUUCAGGAUGCAUUGAGCAAAAAAAGUUAUUGGAUGUUGUCAUCAACGUCUUUUAUGCUCAGAGUGGGAAAUACUUACUGAAGGCUGAUCGUAACCAGUUAGCCAUAAUAUGUUACUUCAGCAUGUUCCUCAUUGAUGACCUUGGACUGGAGUGCUUCAGCAAGAUUGUCAACUCUUUGGACAUAAAAAAAAUGCACAAAUUCCUGAGUUUCUUCUUCAACAUCACAAACCUCAGUACCUGGAUCCAGGGGGAGUGGAGUCAGAUCUAUGAUGCUGCCUAUGUAGAGAGGAACUGGAUUGCCCCGCUGCUAAGGUGGCGCCCUGAGAUUGAGAUUCUGAUGGCUCAGCUUGCAUCCAGAAUGUCUAGAGGGAGUCAAUUUAAAAAAGCCACCAAGAAAAACACUGAGCCCCACGAAUUUUCACUAACCAAACCCAAAGCUCGCCCUCUCCCUGCACCUGAGCCCAUCCCCCUGCAGGAGAAACACCAGCUGGUACCAACCAGCACCUACAGAGUUCCAAAAGAGAAGCAGGUCAUGGAGGAGGUCAAACAGAGGAACCGUCAGAAGGCAGAGCAAGUUCUGUAUAAGGCCAACACUCAACAGUUCAAGUGUGCAAACCCACAAAAGUCUGAGCGCACCAAGAGAGUCAUGUCCCAGAUUGUACGAAGCCAUGACGCCCAGCUCAAGUUUGAUUCACUCCACACCUCUGGAACCCCAGCCACCCAUAAGCCUAACAACCUGCCCAUCAGGCUCAACACCACGGCCAUCCUGCGGGAGGGGGCUCUGUAUAACCGUCAGGUGGAGGAGGAAUUACGCAGGAUGGAGCAACUUGUGGAGGGGGCGGGCGAGCCCUCCUCGUUCCUGCAGUGGCAGAAGGAGAUGCGGGAGCGUGAUCUCCAGGAACAGCUGGCCCAGGUGGAGCGUCGCCGUCUGGAGGGUCGCAUCAGCUACGAGGAGGCUGCUCUCGCCCGCACCCGCAUCAUGGAGCGCAACCAGAAGACUGCACUGCUAAAGAAGGAAGAGACUGCCAAGCUGAUGCAAAGAUACGCAAACAAGCGGUUGCAGGAGGAGAAAGAGAUGAGAGACCUGGUACAACAGGUGGCAGAUGGACACAAAAACUCAAAAGCAGCUAAAGUGAAGUUGCAGGAGUUCAAACAGCAAAUAGUAAAGGAAGUGUCGGAGCAGAGUGGGGAACUCCUUCGUCAGGCCCUGGAGGAAGCACAGGCAGAGCUGAGCAGGAAGUUUGAGAUUAUCCGUCAGAUCCGGGCCAUUGAGUCUGUCCCCCUCAUCAGGCACAAGUUUGUGGAUGAAACAGAGACAGCAGGACAUGACCUGCUUGGGGAGAUGUCCCUGACUGAGCUGCGGGAGCGUCUGGCCAUGCUGAGGGAUGCAGAGCAGAGAGAGCAUCAGGACAGGAGGGGGCACAUUCUGGAGGACAAGAAGAGCAGGGAGCAGCUUCUGCUGGAGCAGCUGGACACUAUCGCCCUCCACAGGACAGCCCUGGGACAGGCUGCUGCACGCAGGCAGGAGGAGAAGAGAGCAAGGCGGGAGCUGCAGCAGGGAGUAGCUGAGGAUGAGAGGGUGGUGGCUUUGCAGAGAAGGCUGGAGGAGAGGCAGCAGGAGCGCCAGAGGCUGAAGCAGCGCGAGAAAACCAAAGCCAAGAUUAGUGAGCAAUCUGCCACUCAUGCCCUCAAGAGCUGGAAUCACAGGAAGCAAAAACUGGAGGAACAACACUGGGCAGAUUUGGAGCAAAGAUUGGAGCGUCAGGUCCAGCAGGAAGCUCCUAACACUCUCGCCCAGAAGAAAAAUACUCAAGGCCUAGACAUCAACCUCUGAAUGUCAUUCUCCUAGCAUAAGGACCAUAUUGCAUGUUUGCUCCAAGUCUUUGAGAAGCCCUAAUUUCAUAUAACAAGUACAACAUGCAUUUUGUAUUUACUUUGUUAAGGCUACUACUGCUACUCUUAUCAAGAGGAUGUCAGCAUGUAAAGUUGAAAAAAAAAAGAUUUUGUUGUGCUCUUAUGCCACUGUAUAAUUCAAAGUGAACCCAAA